AUGGAUGCGCAGAAUGCUGCCGAGUCCGACCAGACGAGGACUGCCGGCGCUUCAUCUCCUCGACAGCGGCGAGGCUCCGAGUCUGACAAGAAGGCCAGGUCGCCCGCCGCCGUGAGGGUCUCGUCUCCGACCCGGGACGCAAAGCCCAAGACUGCAAAGGCCCCGACUGCCGCCGCCGCCACCGCUACCGACGGUGCAUUGUCGACGGCGCGACCCGAUGAGUCUCCCGAGGACCGCGACUCCGACGCAGAGACCAUCGUAUUGCCUGGCAAGGAUGGCCACUCGCCGUCCAAGGCCCGCAAGGUUCGCCAGGAGGACAAGAGCGAAAGCGAUGGCGACGCAUCCAAGGGCAAGCUCAACCCGCCCAAGCAAAGGUCGGAUGAAAAAGACAAGGAGCACAGCAACGGCAGCACCAACGAUGCCGACAAGCACUCGACCGGCUCUGCUGCUGCUAACGCGCCCGGCAACCACUCUGCCAGCGACGUGAACAAGAAGAAGCGGCGGCCGUCCGCCUCAGGUUCCGCCGGCCCGGAAAAAGACCGCCGUCCUCGCAACAAGGAAGGCGGCUCCAGUGGUUUGAGCUCUGCACCUGCGUCUCCACCCCAAACUCAUCAACAUCAGCAACGCAGGCGCCGCUCCGACGCUGCGCUUUCAUCCCCCUCCGAUUCUGAGCAGCAGUCUCAUUCAAAGGCAUCAUCAAAGACAUCACUACGUGACAAGCUCAAGUCCGGCGAACGCCUAGUAUCUCAUAAACGCAAGGCCCCCAAGGUCGAGUCCGACGACGAGGCCGACGCCCGCAAGGCCAGGCGGCAGCGGACCACAAGUGUCGGCCUCGACAGUGGCCGGCCCACAAAGACGCCCUCCAAGCCUCACAACGACCAUCGCACACGCUCGAUCUCGCCUCAUCCCCGACAGCACCGACGAAGCACCUCCACUCAGCUGCCCUCUCAGGCCUCGGGUGGCCUCCACACCAAGAAGAAGCGUUUGCCUCCGCCACUGCAUGCCACCGACUACCACUCUGACGACUCUUCCGCGGGCGGCACCCCACAGCCACGAAGCUCCAAGCUGCGGAGCCUCGCGGCGCCGUCCACGGCAGAGUCCAACCUUUCCCCAGCCAGGAUGGGGCCUCACAAGAAGCACCUCGACGCCCAUGGUCAGACGCUUUUGGCUCGAGCCUGUGCAAGGGGCGAGUAUGAGAGCGCCAAGACCCGCCUUACCGAGCGGCCGGAGGAUUUGAACGUGGCUGAUUACGCGGGCAACACGCCGCUGCAAAUCGCCGCAAUUCAUGGCUGCGAAGAUAUUGUAAAGCUUCUGAUCGAGGCCGGUUGCAACCUAGAUUGUAUCAAUUACGACAAGGACACCCCGCUAUUGGACGCCGUCGACAAUGGUCACCUUGGUGUCGUCAGACUCUUACUCGAUGCCGGCGUCAACCCGCGCAAGGCAAACGUCAAUGGCGAAGAACCGAUUGACAGGGUGACUGAGGAGACAGAAAAUGCCGACGAGAUUCGCAAGGCUCUGCUUGAGGCACGGAAGCGGACAGGAGGAAAGCGGAGCCGUACAUCAGAAGAUCGACAUUCGCACGACAACCACGAGUUCGCCCCAGAGAGUCCUCGACAUUCUCCGGCGGCUGUUGGGUCCCUGUCGUCUCGUAGGAGCGGCACUGUAAGGUCCACCAAGACGAGGAACGACCUGCUCUAUAUGCCGCUCGACGACAAGACCCUGCGGCAGGCUGCCGGCCGUGGCGAUGAGGAGACCGUCGGUCGAAUUCUGCAGGUCAAAGAAGGCUACGACGAUCCCGAAGCCAUGGUUGCCGCCGCUCGAGGUGGUCACGACGGGGUGAUUCAGCUCCUCUUAGGUCUCGGCAACGCCAACCCUGAUCCCGGCCCAGUGGCGUCGUUGCAGCCCGAGCUGGCAACUCCAAUUCUAGCCGCGAUAGGCCAGGAGAAUAUCAAGGUGGUUGAGUUGCUACUCAAGCAGCAGCGCUUCGAUCCGACUCGCCGAUUCAAGGGGGAAACCUACUAUGAGAUUGCCAAGCGGCGCGCAGGACCUCACUGGCGCGAUGAAGAGCACAUGCUCAAGAACGCCUAUGACGAGUACAAGCGCUCCCACAGGGAUGGCGUCAAGACUAAGUCUCCCACUGCACGCCGUGAUCGUGAGAGGGAAUCUCGCAGAGACGAGGCAAAAGACACGUCGAGUGUCUUAAAACGCAACCAGCCCAGCCCAGGCCACGAAGGCGAGGCGAAGAAGAAGGUCGCUACGGCAAAGCUUGCGAGCCCUCGGGAGAAGAGACGGUCCAACUCUUUUACAAAUCGGCACGACGACGACACACAAAAACGAGCCACGAACCGCGCGAAAAAGGACUCCUCGACAAUCUCUGACCGUGAAGUGUCUCCAGCCCUUUCCCACAAACCCCAGAAGACCAAACGCGCAGAGUCAGACAUGACGGGCAUGUCGUCUGAAGGCGAGGCGGCCAAGCCGAGACGAAAGCUGAUAUCGAAGGGCGAGUUGAGUCGAGAGCGCGACAAGCAAAGGCGUCUCAAGGAACCCACGAGCCCGCACGAGUCGAGGACGGACGAUGGCCCCGAGCGAUCCAAGCUCUCGGAAAAGUACCACGACAGGACGAAGGCCUUGAAGCGAGACGAAUCAAGGGAUCAUGCACCUGGCGAUGGCGCGACUAAGAGGCACCGCGCCAGUGUAACUCCCGACAGGCCUAGUGACGUCGACAAGGACAACAGCGACGGUCCGGCUAAGCGGCGGCGCCUGGAUGGCGAAAACCCUGAAAAACGCGCUAAGCGAGCAUCCUCUCCUGAAGGACGCCCGCGCAAACUCAGUUCCUCUCGGGACGCUUCCAGCAAGCCGCCCAAGAAGGAGCGCGAGGACGCCUCUGGCCUGAACAAGGAUCGACGGGACUCUCAGCACCAUAACCCUCCGCGCAGCAGUGGAGCCGAGACCUCCAUCCACGUCAAGAGCGAGGACGUCGACGUGCCCAUGUUGGACAUUGAACAGCCCCAGGAUACCGAAAUGGCUGACGCUUCGCGAGGAUCCAUCGGGCUCCUCAAGAAAAAGAAAGAACAGGAGGAUCAGGCUGCCGCCGAAGAGGCAAAGAAGGAGGAGGAGCGAAAACGGGUCGAGGCCGAAGAAAAGGAAAAGCGCGAGGCCGAAGAAGCCCGAAAACGCGACGAAGAAGAGAAGGCUCGUAAGGCUGAAGAGGAGAAGGCUCGCAAGGCCGAAGAGGAGAAGGCUCGCAAGGCCGAAGAGGAGAAGAGACAGCGCGAGGUGGAAGAGGCGCGGAAACGUCAGGAGCAAGCGGAGCGUGAGCGCCGUGAAGCUGAAGAGGCAGCGCGGCGUGAAGCGGAAGAGAAGAAACGCUUGGAAGAGGAGAAGAGGAAGAAGGAAGAAGAGGAGCGAAGGCAGCGAGAAGAGGCCGAGCGACUGCAAAGGGAGCAGCUUGAACGGGAAGCUGCCGAGCAGGCUCGAAAGGAGCGCGAAGAGGAAGAGCGCAAAGAGCGGGAACGUCGCGAGCGUUUGCAUCGCGAGGAGAUGGAACGGAAGCGGGCUGCACGGGAGGCAGAGCAAAGGCGAAUCCGCGAGGAACAGGAGCGCGCCCGUCUGGACAAGCUUCCUCCCCUUCUGCGCUGGCUCGACAAGUGCCCGAAUCCCAAGGCCCCGGCCAUCACACAAAGGUUCACGAACCUCCUCGGUUGGCGCUACGACACCAUCCGCCCCGAGACGAACAACACUGCGGAAGGUCGCGAGCAGUGGGUUCUCAACACCGAAGUAGCUCUUCUUCUUGGCGAAAAGGAUCUUGAUCUAUCGAGAUACACCGCCUGGGAGAGGGUUCCCGCCACCAAGGUCGCGAAACUUUCAGUUUUGAAAACCGAGGGAGGCGUCUACGCGCUGACGAGACAAACAGUGUGGGACCUCGGACGUCAGGUCCCAGAUUGCUACAGCGUCAAGGACCCGUCUGAUCUUGACACCGCGGGAAUGGAGGAGCACAGGAUCGCCGCACAGGAGAGAUUUCUCGCAAUGGACAUGUUCUUUGUGAAGGUGUCGGAUCUCCUGUACACGGUGCCGAAUAUCCCGCACCUGCUCAACGUCAAGAUCUCGGUCGAAUACCGAGAGCUGUGUGAAACGAUGGAGGAAACCAAGAAGUGGGUGAAGGAUAGAUACAAGUGGCGCGAUGACCCUGGCGCCGAGCGCUAUGGUGGCCACGCACCACGCCGCAAGUACUACGUCAACGGCGAAUUCGUCAGCGAGGACAUGCCGACGACGCACCAGAUCAGCAACAAGCCGUUUCCAGAGAUACGGGUUCCUCGACGUGGUCUGGUGCAGGUGACUCGCGACGACCCAGACUACGAACGCAUCUGCAAGGAGCAAGGUCUGGAGCACUUAUUGAAGGGGCGUCAGACGCCGUCGCUCCCGAACGGCGUGCACUCGUCUCCAGCCAGCCAGACAAGCACAGUCUCGACGCAGCAGCAACCCCUUGUUAAUGGCACCAAGGGCCACUCGAUCCACGACUCUGCCAACGGACUCAAGGUAAUGAACGGAGACGCGACAGUGAACGGCGUCGAUGGGUCUGGAACAGAGAAGCGAUACCCAUAA